UUCAGCGCCUUGUACAGGAAAUCCAAUGCUGUGUCAAGUUCCAGAGAAGAGUUUCUUCUCUUCCAAGUUACUAAUCAGGCUAAAACACAUCCAGUAGGGGAAAGGGCUUGGAGGAAAGAAGUCCCCUGCUGCUGCUGGACUAAGAGGAACCAGCACCAAGAAGUCGACUGGAGGGAGCCUCGCCAUGCUCACAGCUGCUCCUCUACCUGUCAGGAGGAAAAGUACUGAGUGAAGGGCAGAAAACAAAACAGAAAUGCUCUGCCCUUGCAGAACUCAUGACCUAGGGCUACUCUUGAUGUUGACCUCCUUCUUCGUGUCGGAUUCAAGUAGUUCAUGCGUGGAUGGAAAUCAGACAUUAUCUCCUACAGAAGAUAACACUUGGCUGGCUGUGCAGAUGGGUACAAAGGCUGUGCUCUGUUGCCCUCAUAUUCCACCAACAUCAGUGUUGAUACUAACAUCAUGGAAAAUACACCUCAGAGACAAGCCUUCGUGCACCAUUUCCCUCAACAGAGAAACAAAUGAGACCGGGAAAAACAACUGUACUGAUGGGAGAAUCUCCUGGGCCUCCAGACCUGACCAGAAUCCUGAACUUCAGAUCCAUCCAGUGUCCAUCUCACAUGAAGGGGAUUACAGGUGUGAAAUGGGAACAACUGAUGGAAAUUUUGAACGUACAUAUCACCUCCAAGUGUUAGUGCCCCCUGAAGUGACCCUGUCUCCGGGGAAGAAUAGAACUGUGGAGUGCAAAGCAAUUGCAGGAAGGCCAGCUGCACAGAUUUUUUGGGCCCCAGCGGGGGAUUGUGUCACUGGGAAAGAAUACCAGGACAAUGGCACAGUGACGACCAGGAGUAGGUGCCAUUAUCCAGAUGGCAAUGUGUCCACCGUGACCUGCUUGGUCUCCCACCUGACUGGCAACAGGAAUCAAUCCAUAGAUCUGCUUCCUGGUGCCAAAGGAACAGAAAAACUGUAUUAUCUAUACAUCUUCAUCCCUGUUAUUUUGGUCAUUGGGGGAUUCAUUUGUUGUUUGAAAAUCAGCGGUUACAGCUUAUUUCAUCUUUAUAGAAAAUGUAAAUUGAAAAAACCAGAAGCUACUACAGUUGUUGAGGAGGAUGAAAUGCAGCCCUAUGCCAGCUACACAGAGAAGAAUAAUCCACUUUAUGAUACUAUAAACAAGGUAGAGAUACCUCAGGUGUCACAAAGUGAAGUUGAUGGCACGGGCCUCCAUACUUUAUAAAUUAUUGGACUCUAACACCAGGAAAAACAAAUCAAGAUACAGUCCAACUACUGUUUGGCUUUUCUUACAGUUCUUGAAUAGAAGACCUAUUUUAAAAUUAGUCUUUCUAAGGUUCUUGGAGGACAGAGGUUUUCUAAUGAAUUUGCAUGUCUAUCUUUCUGCAAUUGGAAUUUUAGACUCAGCUGCUAUUUUUUGAAGAACUGACAUUAUUAUCACAAAGAAAGUGCAUGCUCAUGAUAACAUUUGAAUGGUGCAAUACAAUGAAUAGUGAAAUGUUUCCUCAAGAAAUAAUUUUCCAGAAGGAAGAAUCAUCAAUAGUUUUUUAUGUAUUCUUCUAGAAAUUUCUAUGUACAUAUGACAUGUGUAUAUGCCUGUGGUGGUUGUAUGCAUUAAUAUGCCAUUUUACAUAUGUUUUUGUACUAUAUGUAUAUACAUAUAUAUAUUUACACAUUUCUUGUCAAGAUACAAAUGGGAACAUACUGUAAUGCUGUUAUAUUCUUAUAAAAAGCUAAUAAUGCAAACUUAGAGAUCUUUUCUUAUCAGCAGAAGCAAAGCUACCUCAUUCUUUUGUAAUGACUACAUAAAUUCCACUAUAUGAUAAUUUAAUUAGUCCCUGCCCUAGCAGUGAACAUUUAGAUUGUUUUAAGUUUUGUUUGUGGUAUAAACAAUAUAAUGCCAAAUGUUUUAUCUGGAUAUAUCUCUUUGCAUUUGUUUAAGUGUGUCUGUGAAAUAAUUUUCUUGAGUGCAAAUGGUGGAUCAAUUGGUGUUCGUUUUUAUGUCAAAUUGUAUGAACUUACUUUCCUUUCAACAGUGUUUGUGCCAUUCCUAAUACUCUUAUUGUGAUAAGAGAAAUUCUCAAUUCCUCAGUUCCAUUUUUUUCUUUUCAUUAACCAGUGGUCUAAUAUGACAUAAAAUUAUAAUAAUAAUCAUACCUUUUAAUAAUAAAUUUGUAUUUUUUCAUGUUUGCAAAGGAGAAAACACACGUGAAAACUUUGUAUUCUUUUGAACAUAUUGUAUCUCUAGAUAAGUGUUGAUACCUAAUGCCUAAAUUUUGUAGACAUUAUAAAUUGGCAUUAUGUAUUUUUAUGCUGUGCAUUUUAUUCUGAUAUAUUUAUCAAAUAACAAAUGUCUAUAGAUGAUAUAAUCAGCUAAAUAUGCUAUGGAGGACUUGGGGAAUCAGUAUGCUAAGAGAAUGGUCAUAGAAUGCAUGACCCUUGGGCUGGGGAUAUAGCUCAGGUUGGUAGAGUGUUUUCCUCGCAUGCAAAAGGCUCUGGGUUCAAUCCCCAACACUACAAAAAUAACAACAAAAAAAUUACACAAUCCUCCUAUUUUUCCGUGGAGCAAAAUGUUUGGAAUAUGCAUAUUGAUUAUUUUUAAUAUCAUGAACAAUAUUUUAGCUAUAAAAAUUAUGAAGAAUAAGCCUGUUUGCUCCAUAGCAGGACAAACAUUAAAAGAUUUUUCAUCAUGAUAUGAUAGAAAUUAAAACAAAAUCAGUUGUUU